GCAUCACUUUUUAAGCUUUUUGUUUUUGCUGUUCUUCAAUAAACGCUUUUACCAACAUGGCCGAUUCCGCAGGUCCAGAGCCUUUGCGCUCGGAGUUUUACAUGGAUCCCAACAAUCUGGACAAGGAAUUUGAAAAAGUUCCCUUGUUCAUGAACCAUCUUCCCGAGGAGGAAAACGACACUCUGAGUGCUUUGCAAUCCUUGGUGUACGACGGCACACCCGAAGAAAUUGCGGAAAACUUUAAAAAUCAAGGCAAUGACUGCUUCAAGGCAGGCAAAUACAAGUAUCAGGAUGCGAUUACCUUUUACACCCGCGCCAUUGACACGGAUUGUGCGGAUAAAAAGAUCACCGAAGCAUGUUUAGCCAAUCGAGCGGCAGUGAAUUUGGAAUUGGGCAACUACGGUCGGGUGUUGCGCGAUUGCGCCAAAUGCUUGGAAAUGAAUCCACGUCAUGUGAAAGCAUUGUAUCGAUCCGCGCGCGCACUGCUUGCAUUGGAUCGCGCGCAGGAAGCUCACGAUUGCUGCGAGCACGGAUUGGCGGUGGAUCCGGACAACACAGCACUCAAAGCGAUGAAAGAGAAAUGCAUCCAGCGACAAGAGGCUUUGGAAGCGCGACAACGAAGAAAGGAGGAGAAGGAGAAGGCGGAUCGUGAAGCUAAGGAAAACCUGGAGAAAGCAUUGAAAGAUCGCAAGAUCAAGAUUGAAGUGACGGACAAGGAAGUACGAGAGAAAGCCAGCAUUGUACUGGAUCCUGAAACCCAAACCUUGUCAUGGCCCGUUUUCUUUUUGUAUCCGGAAUACAAAGAAAGCGACUACAUCCAGCAAUUCAACGAAACCAACACUUUUAUGGACCAUUUGGAAGUCAUGUUUGAACAGCCCGCCCCCUGGGAUGCGAACCACCAGUACACACCCGACAAUGUCGAAGUGUAUUUCGAAAACAAUCAAGGACUGCGUCCCAGUUUGAUCAAGAUUGGUAAGAAGCAUCCUCUCGGUAAGAUCCUUUCCUUGGAUCAAUACGUCGUCACCAAUGGUGUUCCAAGCUUCAUCAUUUUGCCCAAAAACUCUCCCUUUAAAGACGACUUUUUGAAGAAAUACAAAAAAUAGAAUAUUUAGAAAACCUCACAUCAUUCUGUCAUCUCCCGUCUUCUACCCUAAAAUAGAUCAUCACGUCAAUACAUCAACAUCAAUGUAGCUCAUCAUCUUUCUGCGCCUUGCAAGAAAAAACGAAAAAGAACUUCAAUAAUGAUCAUGCU